AUGCAAAAGCCUCAUCGACAUAAUGCAGUAGCAUUAGAUUUGGUAAUAUUUGCACCGAAAGGAAAAUGUUAUACAUUGAUUGGAGAGGAUUUAGAUGAAAAUGGUAUAAUCCAAUCACCUAUACGUUUUGAUUGGAAAUCAGAUACUGCAUUUACAACAUCACUUGAUAUGUGGCAUUCAUAUCGUAAUGAAUCAGAAAAUGAUGAUGCAUGGAUUUUACCAAUUCAAGAUGCCGGUCUUUCACUUCAUGAACUAAAAUUUCUUUUUGAGUUUUUCUUUUUAUUUAAUUUGAAAAUGAUGUUUUAA